AAGAAGCAGUAGAAAAUAACAACUCUUCAUAUUUAGAACUGCCUGAAAACGGCGAGGAAUGAAUGAAUCAUCAUUUUGAGAUUUUGCAUCAAAUAAAGCAAUGCAUAAAGCUCCGUCUCCCACUAGAGGGCAAGAAACUCCACGCCCAUGUCGUCAAAUCCGGCUUCGACCUCCACGGCCCCCUCUUCUCUAAUACGCUACUCUACAUGUAUGGAAAAUGCGGCUUUCUAAAAGACGGCCUCCAGCUGUUCGACGAAAUGCCCCAAAGAGACCUAGCUUCUUGGGCCUCCAUUUUCACCUCACACAACCACGCCAAUCUCCCCCAAAAAACUCUCUUCUUGUAUUCCGACGCCGCCUCUAGAGGAAAUCUCCUGCCCGACGAUUUCAUCUACGCCACCUUGUUUAACGCUUGCGCUGGCUAUAAUGCUUUGAAAGUCGGCGAGCAAUUGCACGCGCAGUUUAUUGCGUCGAGUUUUGCAGAUAACGAUGUUGUUAAGUCGAGCCUGGUUGAUUUCUACGCGAAAUGUGGGCUCCCUGAUAGAGCUCGCAGUGUUUUCAAUUCAAUUGUGUUGAAGAAUGUGGUUUGUUGGACUAGCUUGAUAUACGGCUAUGCAAAGGCGGGAAGGAAGAGCGAAGCGCUUGCUCUUUUACGCGAUACGCCUUGUAAAAAUUUGCAAACUUGGACAGCUUUGAUAUCAGGGUUGAUGCAGGGAGGACUAUGUCUUGACUCGUUCAAGAUAUUCAAAGGGUUGAGGUUGGAGGGAGCUUAUGUAGAUGAGCCAUUUAUUUUGUCGAGUUUGAUUGUUGGCUCGGCUACUUUAGCUAUGUUGGAGCUCGGGAAGCAAGUUCAUCGCUUAGUCGUUGGAUUCGGGUAUGAAUCUAAUUUGUACGUUAGCAAUGCAUUGAUUGAUAUGUAUUCUAAAUGCAGUGAUGUUUCAGCGGCAGAGAUGAUUUUUGGCAACAUGGGUAAGAGGGAUGUUGUUUCUUGGACCUCAAUUAUAGUUGGAAUGGCACAGCACGGGCGAGCUUUUGAAGCUCUGUCGUUGUAUGAGAAGAUGACUUUGGCUGGUGUGAAGCCGAAUGGGGUGACAUUCACCGGGAUAAUAUAUGCUUGUAGUCAUGCUGGCUUGGUUGAGAAAGGCCGUCAUCUUUUCAAUUCUAUGGUUGCGGACCAUGGAUUGAAACCUUCGUUGCAGCAUUAUACGUGCUUGGUGGAUCUGUAUGCCCGUUCUGGAUUGAUUGAAGAAGCUAAGGAUAUACUUGAUACCAUGCCAUUCACACCCGAUGAAGCUGCUUGGGCUUCACUGUUGAGCUCGUGUUGUCAAGGUGGGAAGAAGGAGAUAUGUGUUCGGAUUGCUGAUCAUUUACUCGAGUUAGGGCCAGAGGAUACAUCCACGUGCAUACUUCUGUCUAACGUCUAUGCACGUGCUGCUAUGUGGGAGCAAGUGUCGAGAGUGAGAAAGCUGAUGUUUUCAAUGGAGUGGAGAAAGAAACCUGGUUAUAGCUGUGUGGAUCUCGGGAAGGAGAUCCAAGUAUUCUAUGCUGGUAAGACGGAACAUCCGAUGAGGGAGGAGAUUUUUGCCCUUAUGAAGGAGUUGGAUGCGGAGAUUAGGAAGAGAGGCUAUGUGCCCGACACUUCCUUGGUGUUGCACGACUUGCAACACCAAGAGAAGGAAAGGCAGCUGUUUUGGCAUAGUGAGAGAUCGGCUCUUGCUUACGGGCUGCUGAAAUCAGCUACGGGGGCAUCCAUACGGAUUAUGAAGAACCUUCGUGUUUGUGGCGAUUGCCACACCGUCUUCAAGCUCAUCAGCAACGUUGUUGGUAGGGAACUCAUUGUAAGAGAUGUCAACAGGUUCCAUCAUUUCAAGGAUGGCGAAUGCUCCUGUCGCGACUUCUGGUGAUCAUCGGACAUAUGAUGGAAACACUAAAGAAUCCCAUAGAUAAAUGGGAUUAUGACCGAACAAAGGAGAAAUGUCGGUAUAUGUAGUAUCAACUAUCGACAGUGGCGGCCACCGCCGCGCCGCCUCCGUGGGGUGGACUUCAUCCCAGAACCUUACUCAUCUCUCUUGCUGCAUGGAACACUUCCCUCGCUGCACAACGUCUCCCUCCCCACCUUGAAACAUGCCUCAUUAUCAUGUUUUAUGUUACCUGAAAUUCAGAUCAUUGUCAUCGUCGUACAAGUUAAUUGCUGUAGUGAUUUUUAGUUUUUCUUCUUUUUUUGUGAAAUUAUGAUGAGGAGUACCACUUGAUGCAGAUAGAGCUGUGUAUCUAGUGUACACAAAUUUUGCUUCUGGAUAGUCAUGAUUGAGUUUGUCGACUAGAAGAUUGAGUUGUUGGUUAAAAAUUUGGACAAUGUCGAUGAUGGUUUGGACGCAGGAUGAGGAAUUAGGGGAGCCGUACGUAGGCGCCAAUGAGCAACGGUGUGCAUCCUAUUUUGUCAAUUCCUACAACAGCUACUUUUCUUGCUCCGUUCUUGUACAGCCUCUGGUGAUUCAGAUGAAGUGGAAUGUAAGUUUGAAACAAAAAAGAAAAGGGAAAGAAUGAAAAAUUCUUACUUGAAACUGGUUUGAAUACUGCUGAAUGAGAAGUGUGGCGAAGUGAUUUGGGGUAUGAUUUGUGGCGGAGGAAUAAAACUGAGGCACAUAGUUUAAUAGAUAGUCGUUGCUGCCAAAUCCGACAUAGUAUAAACAUGAACGCAGGUGUCGUUUUGCAGCUUUCUGUCCUUGUAAUAAUUUCUGGAUUCUGGAAAUUUUGAUUUCGUGAUUUGAUAUUUGCUUGCUCAAACUGUA